AUGAACAGUUGGGAAAGUCUGUAUCACGCCGCAACAAACGAUUACAAUACCGGAAACUUUAAGGAAUCGUAUAUUAAUUAUUGCAAAGCAGCAAACGCGUUACUUUUUAAACUCAGUAAUGAAGUUGCUUUCGUUAGAAAAGACGCUGUAAAAUCCAAACCGACCAACAGUGCUCGUCUAUUUCAUCAACUCAAAUCUUGCGUAGCAAGUCUCGAGGACAUCCUUCAUAAUCAGUUGACAAAUGGACACUUUCCUUCACCUCAACCCUCGUAUAUCUCCGAUGUCGCUACUUCAAUCUUCACAAAUAGUAAUCCACAACCUCUACAUUUACCUUUAGUCCCAUUUUCUCCUCUUACUAGGCAAGCUAUACAUUAUGCUCAUGAACUUGCCACCGCAUCUCAAAAAGUUUCUGCCGCAACACAAAAGAGUAAUAAUACUAAGGACCUUAGUCCUUCAGUUAUCAAACUAACUGAAGAAGUUCGUGCACAAAGAACUAAACUUGAUCAAGUUAAUAAUCAUAUUCAAUCUGUUGCCGAAAACACAUUACUUUAUUGGGAAGCCAUUAAAGUGGCACAACAAUUGACUAUAAUUGAAAGUCAAUUAUAUAGUAAAGUGGAUUUUCGAAAAGAUUUGACUUCUAAAGAUAAAAAAAACAAUCGAGCUCAGGCAUGUAUGGAUUUUCAUCGAUAUUUAACAAAUAGUUUCACUCAUCAACUUAUUAUUUAUGCUGAUAAUUCCGCUAAUUCAUCAAGAAAUCCUCGAGAAAAUAUUAUUGCAUUCGCUAUUAAAAUAGCAUUUUACCUAUUUAAUGUUCAUCGUAAUUUUAAUAGUUUCGCUGCUGUAAUUAAAGCUCUUACUUCACCUGAAGUAUAUAGAAUAAAACGAUUAUGGAAUAAUGUAUCUUCUCGUCAAAAUCAAAUUUUAAAAGAAUUAUCAGUAUAUAUUAAAAAGGAAGAUAAUGAAUAUAAAGCAUAUAAAGAAAUUGUUUCUCAAAAAGUGGAAGAAUUUCGUGAUGCCAGUAAAGGGAUGAUCAUUAUUCCAUGGAUGCAACCUCAUUAUGAAGAAAUUAAAAAAAUUACACAAUCAUAUACUAGUGGGAAAUCUGGUGAUUCUUCUAAUGUCAUUCUUUCAGCACCAGGUGCACGUAAAUUAGAUUCCAUAUUUUCUUUCUUAGAACAAUGUCAAAAAAAUCAAAUGCCCCGUGAUGAUGACGAAAUUAGCACUUCACGAAAAACCGCAUCGACAUCACGUGUUAGAGAACAAAUUACUUUGGAUGGAAACACUAUACCAUUACCUUUAGAUCUUUCAUGUCAAGGUUUUGGUGAUUUAGGAAUACACCAUUGGCUUGUGUCUCGUGUUUACUUAACAAAACAACAAUUAAUUGAUGAAAGUAUUGAAAUUGAACCACUUGGAGAGAACGAACAACUUCCUUGUGAUGUGGGAAGUGAUGAUGGUGGUGAUAAUAUAGAAACAACAACAAAUGUUUCAACCAAAAAUAUUAUAGUCACAGAAUUUAAUGUUCAAUCGAAAUUAUCAGAAAAUUCUGGAAUGGAUAAGAUAACAGCUUCACCAAAAGGACCUAUUAAUAUAAAAUCAGGACAAAUUGAAUCUUCACCAAAAACUAGAAUUAAUGAAAUUAGUACUUUACAUGCUUCAUUAAUGGAAGAAACAUCAAAAUCCGUUGAAAUGUUUGAAGAGAAUACAACUCAAAUAGAUUUUUCAAAAUCUGAUUCAACACCUAGAUCUGCUGCCAUUGCUAUUCCACAAUCUUCAAAAUCCAAUCAACCUAUUUCAUCACCUCAAUCAAAUUCAGUAAAAAAUCUUAAUCCAAAUGCACCCGCUUUUGUACCUCGUUCACAAAGUUUCUCUACUCCAUCUAUCCUCGUUCUCUCAGGUGGAGGAGAUGGAAUUAAAGAAUCGUCAACAAAAGAAUUUGGGGAAAUUGAAAACAUAAAUAAAUCAGAAGAGGAUGAAGAUGAAUCAGAAUUUAUAUACGAGGGAGCCUCUACAUCUAAUGAUCAAAAAGGAAAUGAAGAAGAAGAAUCAGUUUUUCAUUAUGAAAAGGAUGAUACAAGUGAAUUUAAAUACUACCCAUCUAAAUCACCUAAUUUAUCUAAUUCAUCUACUCCAUCUAAUUCCGAUAAUAUUGGAAAACCAACCGAUAAUGGCGGUAUUCCAGCAAUUACAGUUAAAAUUAAUGGUGGCGCUAUUAAUAAAAAUACCUAUCUUGCCUUCUUGGAUAUAAGUCCCUUAUCCGAAGGGCAUACUCUUGUUAUCCCAAAGUAUCAUAGUAAAUUCUUGCACGAACUUCCUGACGAAUAUUUGGCAGAUUUAUUACCUGUUGCAAAAAAAGUUGCAAUUGCAACAGGUGCUGAACAGUAUAAUAUUUUACAGAAUAAUGGACCCCUUGCUCACCAGGUCGUGGAACAUGUUCAUAUACACGUGGAAAAAGGUUUAGGGAUCAGAUGGGAUUCCCAACAAACUUCUAAAGAGGAAUUGAAAGCUACAGCUGAUAGAAUUACUAAACGGGUUAAAAUCUGA